UUUCCUCUUCUUGUCUUUGCCAUCGGUCCCAAUGGUGCGCUUGUUCGGAUGCUCGAGACCCCACAAUCGCGCGUCACACCCCACGCUCGCGCCCCCAGGCUGUCUGCCGCCAACCUAUGACGCCCCGCCGCGGCAGAAGCGCUCCAUCCCACCAGCAGCUUGGUCAUUCUGACGAAGCAUUCCGGCUGCAACCCUUGGUCCCCAGACCUGCGGCCGCCGACGACCCCCGCGCCCGUCGUCCCCGCACCCGCGACCCCGAGACGGCGCUGCCAUCGCACGACCGGACCGAGCCGCGACCUGACGAUCCCCAUGGCCGCGCACCCGAGGCGACCGUGGCCACGGCGGACCAGACCCAGAGCAACAGCCCGAGCGAGCCGGCAGCCGGAUCCAUGACCAGGCUUCCGCCCCCGCCUUCGCCCCUGCUGCGCUCGGCCGCGGGCUUCACCAGUCCCUCGUACGGCUCCAUCACGCCGCGUCCGUCCGACGAUAGCGCCGAUGAGGGGGUUGCCAGCCCUCUGUUGCCGUCUCGGAAGCCCUCGGAUGCAAGCGCGAGUGGAAGGUCUGAGGGGGGCGAGCGGGGGCUGCGACGGCGGCGCGACAGCUCCCAGCCCAGGUCCCCGACGUUGAGACGGCAAGCGAGACAGUCGGAGGAGCUCGGUGGCUCGACCAUAAUCGGCGGCCUCGAGGGCCGCUUCGGCACCACCGAGACUCCCCUCCUGAACGGUCUAGCCGACCACGAAGAGGGCGAAGGGCAGGACGAUGCUAGGUCCUAUGUCGCGGAUUCCGAGGUAGACGAGGACGAGGACCCGCCGGACAACUCCCCGUACGCUCAGGUCCGAGCCUCCGUCUCGCCGACCGACAACACCAGCCUGUCGAUCAACACGCCCCGGAUGUGGGCCUUGUCAAUACUCUUCUCGAUUCUCGGAUCUGCCACCAAUUUGUUCUUCUCUCUGAGAUACCCCAGUGUUGCGAUUACACCAGUUAUAGCCCUGUUAAUGGUCCAUCCUCUUGGCCUCCUGUGGGAUUACCUUCUAAAGCGGCCAGACGAUCCCCCCGAGGAGUUCCUCGAUGGGUGCCGCAUCGGUAACAGCUCGCCAGCCGGCACCCCGCGCGCGCCGCAUUUCCUUCCGGCCGAGCGCCGGGGCCGCCUCGACCGUCUGCGGUUGUGGCUUGCGCAGGGCUGCUGGAACGAGAAGGAGCACACCUGCGUCUAUGUGAGCAGCAAUGUGUCCUUCGGGUUCGCCUUCGCGACAGACGUCAUCGUGGAGCAAACCCAGUUCUACAAGCAGGAGGCGAGCAUCACCUACCAGCUCCUGCUCACAUUGUCCACCCAGAUCCUGGGCUACACCUUCGCGGGGCUCACUCGCCGCUUCCUGGUGCGGCCCAGCGGCAUGAUAUGGCCGGGCACCCUCAUGUCGGCGGCCAUGUUCACCACGCUGCACAAGGAGGAGAACAAGGAGGCCAACGGCUGGCGGAUCAGCAGAUGGAAAUUCUUCUAUGUCGUCUGGCUCGGCGCCUUCCUCUUCUACUUCCUGCCCGGCCUCCUGAUGCCCGCGCUCAGCUAUUUCAACGUCGUCACCUGGUUUGCGCCCGACAAUGUUGUCAUUGCUAACCUGUUCGGCGUCGUCUCCGGGCUGGGCCUGUUCCCGAUGACCUUCGACUGGGCGCAGGUCGCCUACAUCGGCUCGCCGCUGCUCACCCCCUUCUGGGCGGCUGUGAACGUGGUCGGCGGGCUUGUGGUGGUCAUGUGGAUCAUCGCGCCCAUCGCUUACUACAGCAACUGGCUGUACUCUUCCUACAUGCCCAUUCUGUCAGCGGCUGUCUUCGACAACACCGGAAACGUGUACGACGUCAGCAAGGUGCUGACCAAGGAUUUCCUGUUCGACAGAGAGGCCUACUCCAAGUACAGCCGCGUCUUCCUGCCCAUCACGUACGUGCUGAGCUACGGGGUGCAGUUCGCCGGCCUGGCGUCGCUCGUCACACAUACGCUGUGCUGGCACGGCAGAGACAUUUGGACGCAGUGGAAACGGUCGCUGGAGGAACCAGACGGCGAGCCCAAAGGCGCGUAUCAACCCGUGGCUGGGUCGAGCGAGCGGACUGCCCGGCCAUCCGACGGUCGCACUGCCAGGGCGCACAGAUCGUCUCUGAGCACCGACAAUCUCUUGAGCCGCGAGGACGUCCACAACCGUCUCAUGCGGCGGUACAAGGACGCCCCGAUGGCGUGGUAUCUGGUUACUUUUGCCUCCAUGACAGCCAUAGGCAUCUUUGUCGUUGAGUACUACCCCGUUCACCUGCCCUGGUAUGGCCUACUGCUCGCCCUCGGCAUCUGCGCCGUGCUGUUCAUACCCAUCGGCAUUAUCAUGGCCGUGACCAACCAGCACUCGUCCAUCUACCUCAUCUGCCAGCUCAUCGCGGGCAUCGUGUUCCCCGGCCGGCCGGUCGCCAACAUGGUCUUCGUCACGUACGGUUACAUCUCGUCGGCGCAGGGGAUCAAGUUCGCCGCCGACCUCAAGCUGGGCCACUACAUGAAGAUCCCGCCGCGGAUCCUCUUCGCCGUGCAGGUGGCCGCCACCACCGUCUCCUCCCUGACCCAGAUCGCCGUCCUCAACUGGAUGUUCGCCCACGUCCCGGGCCUGUGCACCCCGCAGGCCGUCAACGGCUUCACCUGCCCCAUCGCCCGCGUGCACUUCAACGGCAGCAUCCUGUGGGGCGUCGUCGGCCCGGCCGAGUUCUUCGGCCCGGGCGCCCUCUACCGCCCGCUGGUCUGGGCCUUCGCCGCCGGCGCGCUCCUGCCCCUGCCCCUGUGGCUGUACGCGCGCAACCGCCGCCGCCGCGGCGCUUCCCUCCUCCGCCGCGUCAACCUGCCCGUCCUCUUCGGCUCCCUCGGCUGGAUCCCCCCCGCCACCGGCCUCAACUUCUCCGUCUGGGCCCUCGUCUGCUACGUCUUCAACCGCGCCCUCCGCCGCCGCGCCCCGCUCUGGUGGGCAAAGUACACCAUGACGCUGAGCGCCGCGCUCGACUCCGGCCUGGCGUUUGGCAUCGUCGUCGUCUUCUUCGGCUUUGUCUACCCCGGCUGGAUGCGCGGGUUCAGCUGGUGGGGCACCGAGGUGUAUAAGCGGGGCUGUGACUGGCGGGCUUGUGCGUACCGGACCGUGCCGGAGGGCGGGAGGUUCGGGCCCGAUGUUUGGUGAUGCGGCUGUUGUUUGGGCCGCCGAGGAGAUGUUCGGCGAGUGGGCCGUGGAGGUGUCAGGCGAGAGUUGGGUAGGGUGUGUGCUAUAUAGGUGUAUAGCUAGCUGUCUCAGAUGGAUAAAUCCCUACCUGAAUAAACUGCUCGAUGCUCCGUGUGAGGGGUAUCCUCAUCGGACUGCGGAAUGGCCAAGCGGGCUUACUCGUACAAACAACGACCAUGUA